AUGGGUGAUGAUUAAGUUUACGAUUAGGGUUUGGAUUGCAAUGAAUACGACAUUGUCAAUAUGACCCUAAAUUGUGUAUUGCUUCAGGGAAAUGUUUCGAGAUAAUUGAAGCCCAUCAAGAAGUCAAUGUUUCAUCGCUUGCUUAUGCUGAUGAAAUUAAAUAUCGCUUGAGUGAUUCCGAAUCAUGGUGUACGGCACGAAGCGAUACGAAAAAUUUGAUUCAACUCACUUUCCCCAGCAUACACCAUGUCAGAGGGUUCUCCCUUGGUGGCCACACAAAUACAGCCACUUUAUCGUUUGUGAAGAAAUUCAGAGUUUAUUCCAAACUAUUUCCAUGGGGAAAUUGGACACCUGUUGUAAUCCAUAACAUUGGAAAUAUGGUAAGUGUUCUAGUUUGAGAGAUUACUUGUUGACAAAUAUUUCAACCUCACCUAACUGCUUACGACAGACACUGAUCUGGUAAUAAAACUGGAUUGAAUGUUAUGUAAAAAUUAAGCCAGAAACCAUUGUGACGAACUGAUUACCUUUCGAACGUAUUAUGGUAGAAAUUUAUUGUUCAGAUGAGGUGCUUUACAUGUCAAAAUAAUAACUUUACUGUCUAUGACAAGAAGUAAAGUUUUUUUAUAUUCUUUUGUGUUUCGAGGAUUUUUCUCCGUGUUUUCCGAUUUUCCUUUGUCACAAAAAAAUAAUUUUAGGUCUUUUACAGUAGUUGUCGAGCAUCAUGAGCCUCGGUGUCACUUUUAUCACUCUGGACAACACCGUAUAUCUUUUUCAUUUUAGUUUAACGGUACGGUGAAAAGUGGUAACGACAGGGCAGACUAUCUUUUGGACACUGCUAUUAGGGCGAUGUCUAUUGUAUUCAAAAUGGUGGAGUACAACGACGAGGAGAUGAAAUGUGCGAGAGUGGAAGUCAGGGGGUGUCAUGAUUCUAGUAAGUGGUACAUUUGUUUGUUUUAAUUUUUGAAAGUUUAUUUCCUCAAUACUGGAUGAAUUACGGACGGCCCUUACUGGGCCUCUUGGAAGAACAGUUAAUUAGAAAUUAUGUAGAACUUCUAGUGUAAAUAAAAUCCCUGUAGUGUAGUUUAGCUUUCCCCCUGUGGUAGCACUAGAUAACAUGCCCUUACUGGAGCUAGUGGCAGAGUAGUUAAGAAAUAAGGCCAGUUUUCCACUAGGCGGAAUAUUGCGCGCGGAGCGGAAUUUUUCUUUGUCUUUUAAUUUCUCGGGUGGAACUAAUUAGAAAAAGACAAAGAGAAAUUCCGCUCCGCGCGCAAAAUUCCGCCUAGUGGAAACGGCCUUAAUAGAGCUAUCCAGUGUUCAUAAAGAGAGCUUCUUAUCUUUUAUUUAGAAUUUUGUGACGAUUACCAGCCCAACCCAUGCAUAAACGGAGCAUGUCGUCUUGAAGAGGGAAAGCCGUUUGUUUGUGAUUGCUCUCCUGGUUUUGCGGGAUCGUUUUGCGAAAGAGGUUUGGAUCCGACAGAAAUUUAGUGCAUCAUUCUUAUUAGAAAUAUCAAUGCCCAGCAUAUUGUGCGUAAAAGACCAUAACAAGAUUGAAUAUAAAAUAUUUAAGAUUUACUGCUUUCCUUGAUGACUUUCAUCCUGCCCCUCUUUUUGACGAACUUAUGAUACUCGAAAGCGUUCUCAUUUCCAAAUCUAAGCCUUCCCUGCAUGAACAGACAAGACAAGUUCAGUCCCUACUCUAAUCCCACUUCUACUUUGUGUAAUCCCCCCCCCCCAAAAAAAAAACCCAAAAAAACCCAAAAAAAACAAAAACAAAACUGAACACUGUUUGAUUUGCAGUAACGUAAAAGCUCUAAAAGCUAUCGCAAUGAAUCAUUGCAUUCAGAAAGGACUUACUUAGAUUUUGAUAUAUAGCACUUGAAUUUACAUGCAAUAUCGACUGCGCUAUUGAUGUUUGAACGUUGAACCACUGUUUUUGAAAAUGCAGAAAAUUAGCGUAAAACAACCUUAUAAUUACUGAUGUCAGUAGUCAUACUUGUUACUUGUUUUUAUUUUGGUUGUAUCUCGCUCAAUAUUACAUGUAAAUUCAAGUGUUAUAUAUCAAAAUCUAAUUUAGUCCUUUCUGAAUGCAAUGAUCUUUAUUUCAUUGCGAUAGCUUUUAUAGCUUUUACGUUACAUUAAAUCAAACAAUGUCCAGUUCACGAAAUGUGAAUUUCAUUAAACACCGUCGGAUUGCAAUUAACUCGUUUAAUAUAGCUAUGUUGUAGUUCUCUAUGUGAGGAUAGAUGAAAGAAAUUGAGAGAUAUUUUCUCUCUUAUAAAAGUGAAAUAAAUGAUGAAUUUGACAAUUAACUGUUGCUCUAGUCCUAAGGAACAAUUCUCUCUCGUUAAUAGCUCAGUGCAACAACUCAGAUUUAUAGCUUAUGUUCAACUUUAUCGAAACUUUAUAGAUCUCUGCAAGGAAUCAAACUGCCAUGAUAAUGCGACAUGUGACAUAGGGCUAAACGUUACGUGCCGUUGCAAACCUGGUUUCCAGGGUAGCGGACAGUUUUGCGAAGGUAUGUAUUUUUGAACUGUUAUACCGUGACUUUUAUUUAUAUAAUACACAGUUUGGGCAUUGAGCUUAUUUUUAUAAGCCAUGUCCAGAUGAGAGUUGUUUUUUUUUUGCCCGACAACAAAAAUUCGAGAAGUAUUAUAAUAUUUGGUGAAAUCUACCAGAGAGAAGAGAUGGUGGUUUUAUAUGUCGACAGCUUUUCUUUGCGAAUUUUGUUGUGUGUAUAUAUAGCGAGGAGCAUGGUUAUCGCAGCCGAUUUAAAUUCGCAAAAACUGUUUCACGAUUGACAUGCCGUUUUUGUUUUAUGGCGAAUUACGUUAUCUACUCGUAUGCAGUUUUUGCCAUUUGAAUUUGAAGGAUGUCUUUUCUUUUGGCCAAUAUAAAAAGAACGGAUUAUAUCAAAUCACUAAAAUAUUUUCCUUUAGAUAUAUGCGAAGUAUCGAAUUGCCAUCAAAAUGCGAGAUGUGGCGAUAAGACGGGUUAUGAAUGUGUUUGUCAUGAAGAUUUUCAAGGAAAUGGAACAUUCUGUGAAGGUAUGUACAAAUGCACUCCUCGUUAUAACACAGGACCUCCUUCGUUGACGAGUUAGAAGUCGUGUGGAUUUAGUUGGAGUAAAAUGAGACACUGGUACAGUAUUUUGAAGCCCUGGUCAAACCAGAAUGGAUUAGAGAUGAGCAGGGCCGUUGGACCGCUAGGGGGGGGGUGCAUAUUUAUAUAUUCGUAUUCUGCCCGACGGAUUUCUUUUGAAAGCGAUUGUUUUUACGGUAUGUGAACAUGAAUAGACACCCCCCUCCCCCUUUUUCUAGUACCCUGGUCAAAUAAGAACUGAUCUUUAUGGGAUCAACGGAUCUUUUUGUACUAUUUAAAGCACGCGUAGGAGUGUUUUAUUAGGUUUAAAGCGCGCAGCGCGAGUGGCUUUAGACGUAAUAAAACACGACCUGCGAGUUUUUUAAAUGGCUUCAAACACGACUACAAAUUCAAUAGAUAUACUGCCUUAUUAGUAUUCUUUAUAUAAAGAAUACUAAUGAGGGCACGACUACAAUAGAUACUGCCUUAUUAGUAUUCUUUAUAUAAAGAAUACUAAUUAGGAGUGUUUUAUCAGGUUUAAAGCCACUGCACGUGACAUAUUAUCGUUGACAUGAUUUGUCAAUAAGCUUAUGAAUUUUUAAUGAGUAUUUGAAGUGCUAUUUUAAAUUGCUUCAAAAACGAUCGAUCUAUUAAGUUCAUUGGCGAAGUAAUUUUCAAAAGAUGCGUUGUGCAAGUCGAGAAAAUCAAAGUUAAAGUUUAUGUAAAUCAAGGGAAAUCCCUAUCACAUAUAAAGAUACGACACGCUUAUGAUUUUUCUUUGUGUUUUCCUCAUGAAUUAUUAAUGAGUUUUUGAAGGGCAUUUAACAAAUGUCCAUAAAGAUGAGCUGCUCAUAUUUUAACUAGUACUUAAUACGUUUGCAUAAACUUGUUGCUUUUCCAUUCUAAUUCUAUACCUGUAUUUCUCUCAAUUAUUCUAGAUCGCUGUAUUGCUGCGAAGUGUCAUGAACACGCCAUGUGCAACAAGACAACCGCCUACGCUUGUUUGUGCAAAUAUGGUUAUGGCGGUAAUGGAUCAGAGUGUCAUGGUGGGUGAUAUAUAGACAUUAAUCAAUUAUCCAUUAUGAUCCGUCACUGUUCCUGCAGCGACACUUGGUGCUCAAUCUGUAUUUAUGUUGCAGCAAAUACAAGACUACUACAUAAAACGAAGAGAUUGAACGUGUUUUCACUUUGAUAACUGAGCAUUAUCAUACAAAUUAUUUAAAACACAAGUCAAAAAGUAGUAUACUUACACGAAAACCCCCAAAACGUUAUCCACUUUUAACUCUUCAAUUCCUACUGCAUUAUCAAUAUUAUAGAAAGUUUCUGUAUUGUUUAUUAUCAAAUAUCUUCAUUGUUAUUACAAAAGUGUAAUAUGAAUAUUUUUAAACUAUAAUUGAUAAAACGUUUCUCAUUUGUAUAUGUAAUUUAACUGACCAAAAAUCUAUGUACAUAACGUUAUAUGUUAUGUUCUACUUGGGGCCAAGAACUAUUAAGAGCCUACAAUGUUUUCUUUAUGGCUCCUAGCCCAAAUGUUAUAUUCUUAUUAUUUUUGAUCAUUUUAUAUCAUGAGAAAAGGGUAAAUUAUAGCCUUCUCCGCAGGCCUCUCUAUGGGUUUUAGCCUGCGAAUGGGUUUUGAAAAAAAUUACUUUUUUCGACCACCCGAUUCCUGGGUGAGAUACCUGCGGAGGAGUCCAGGUAAAUGAAAAAAGAUCUAAAAUUAUAGCCAUAACUGACUUGCUUCACUGAUUUGUUUCCCAGAUUUAUGCAAAACAGCUGACUGUCAUGAGAAUGCGACGUGUAAUCUUAAAGAUGACAUAAAGUUUGCAAACUGUUCUUGUGAUCGCAGCUUUAUUGGAAAUGGGACAUACUGUAUUGGUAGGUAGUUCCUGUCGAUUUUGCUCCAAAUGAUGUUUGAAUAAAUUGUAUUUGGAAUGUCCCAACCCCAAGUAUUGAUAUAUGAUAACACACAGAAAAUUGUUAACAGUUACUUAAAGAACAAAUAAAUUCUAGUUUUACUUUGUAAAACCGGUAGAAAAAUUAUUUUUGACCAGAGACACAGAGUAGAUACAUAUACAGAGUUAUAACUAGUGUACCCACUUUUUUAUGCGCGUGCUCGGCAAGUCACUAGAUGGACGAAUCCUAUUGGAUGAAAUUGGAUGACGACUCACUUUAACUGCUCGCGGAACUUGCUGAGCACGCGCAGUUGAUCAUUUUUUGCCUGGUCGCCUGUGAAAAAAAGUGGGUAGAUGAAAACAUAAGCUUCCGCAGUGUUUACAACGGUCAGUUACGUCUCUGUAUGUCUCUACUCUGUGCCACAGACAAUGAAUGUUUCCCCGUGUAGAUACACACACUUGCAUCAUUAUUUUAUUGCUUUUAUAGAUUUGUGUGAGCAUGCCAAUUGUCACGAUAAUGCCACAUGCAUCAGGAAUGAUGAUAAAAAAUUUGCAAAAUGUGACUGUAAGCCUGGUUUUGGAGGUGGUGGCCAACACUGUUUUGGUAAGCAACUCAACCACUCUUUAUCCACUCAGCUCCAUAUAUAUCUGGAGCGAGAACUCGAGUCCACACAAUGAAUAGCCUGCGUGGCAGGCCCUCAAUUUUAUGGGGGGCCUGAUUUGCAGCGGGCAGGAUUUUGGCGGGCACGGGGGAGGAUUAUCCUGCCCGCUGCAAAUCAGGCCCCCCAUAAAAUUGAGGGCCUGCCACGCAGGCUAAAAAAUGAAGGAGUCCAAAAGUUUGCGGAAAUUGAAGAGCUGUUGGACGCCUUGAACUGAGUAUAACUGGAACGCUACCUUGAACCGGAAAUUUGAAGCCAAACUUGAAGGCCAGUCCCAGCCUUUUCACGCAUAUGAAGAGCGCUCAAGCAGUCAAUCAUGAUAUAAACACGCGGGUCUUGAUCCCCAGACACGCGUGUGUGGGGGGUGAAGAUUUGGCUUCAAGACAAAGAUUUACCUGAAGAUAGCGUUGGACGUUAGUUCCAGUCCCUUUCUAUUGUUUUGUCUGCGCGGUUAAACACGAAGAAGUGUGCCGAAAUUUCGCAUUUUUACAUCCAUUUAAUUAAAGAACAACACUGUGGCGUCAUGAACUGAUAACUUGUUUAGCGAUACGGUUCAGAGCUAUAGGACGUCGCCAUCAACUAUUUCGCUGACCUCAGAAUGACAUUUCGUCAAAACAUUUUUCUUCAAGAUUGGUUUAGAAACAAAUUUGGCAUAGGGUUAGGUUAGGGUAAGGAUUAGGGUUAGAGUUAGAGUUGGUGUUUGGAGUAGGAUUAAGCCAGGUUCACACGAUGAAAUAAGCACAAGCAGCGGAACCUUUGAUGUGCAUAAACAUAAACAUAAGAAGAACAAAUGUUGCGUUCUUCUUAUGCUUACGUUUAUGCACAUCAAAGGUUCCGCUGCUUGUGCUAAUGCUUAUUUCAUCGUGUGAACCAGGCUUUAGUGUUAGUAAAACCGUUGCUUUGUUACGUUUUGUCACUCUGAGGCCAGCGAAAUAAUCUCUUCCUUGGACGUCAAUGGCCGCCAUCUUGGCUUCAUUUUUCUCGUAGGCCGAAUGACUGAAGUAAAAGUUCUUGCUCCAGAUAUAUAUAUAUAUAUAUAUAUAUAUAUAUAGGGCUCAGUGAUCCUAUCUAUUGUCCAUGGUUUGUUCCGUUGUUUCCAUCUGACUUAAAACUCCCUAGUAGUAUUUCUACAUUUAGAAGAAACUUUUUUAGCAAUCAUUGAUCUUUCCCUCGUAUAAUAUUUAAAUAUUUCUCAUGGUUAUGUAGUAUAUGCAUGUCUUCCUUGUAAAUUUGUUUAUUUAGUUUAGGAAUUUUCUGAAAAUCACUUUGUGAGAAAGCUUCCUGAAAAUAAAUAUUAAUUAAAAAAACAAACAAACAAAAAACAGUCGCAGAUUACAACAUUCUCGGUGCUCCCCAGUUUCAUCUGCCAGUCACGUGUAAUUAUCCAUAUCGCGUUACUCGAGAGUGACGUCUGAAAGAUGAGAGUUAGGGUGAUGUUUGAAGUUAAGAUUUUGCAAGGGUUAGGGUUGGGAUAAAAAUUAGUGUUAGAAUGAUGGUUUUGGAGUGAAUUUGGCAAACUGUGACAUCAAUAAACUGUCCAUAUUUAGAUUUAUGCAAGGAAGCUGAUUGCGACAAGAAUGCCAGGUGUGAUCUAUAUGAUGAUAUAAAAGUUGCAAACUGUUCUUGUGACCGAGGGUUUGGUGGCAAUGGGACACAUUGUUUUGGUAAGCACCUGAAUUCAUCAAAAACGCAAAAGUUUCUGUAAUCACAGUAAGAAUUUUGCAUAGGUAAAUUCUAAGUUUUGAAGGAUUUGCAAGAAAUGUUUGAGGGAAUUAACAUUAAGUCCGUUUCCUCAAACAUUUCUUACAAAUGCUUCAAAACUUAGAAUUUACCCAUGCAAAAUUCCUACUGUGAUCACAGAAACUUCGAUAGUGUAAACCAGGCUCUUAAAAGUAUCUAUCACAUCAUCUUACUCAUUACCAUCUGCCUAAUGGUGUUGUGUUAUUAUUGUAGAUUUAUGCGAGGAAGCUGCUUGCGACAAAAAUGCCACGUGUGAUCUAUAUGAUGAUAUAAAAGUUGCAAAAUGUUCUUGUGACCGAGGGUUUGUUGGCAAUGGGACACAUUGUUUUGGUAAGCACCUGAAUUCAUCAAAAACUCAAUGCUUGCAUAAACGUAUUGAUUACCGCAGUUGCGAAACCAAGGCAAAAUUGUUGAAUUCUGAUUUGUUGAGGUUUUUCCUGUUUAGAUUUGUGUGAAGAUGCAAGUUGUCACAAAGAUGCCUCUUGUAACUUGUAUGAUGACAUUAAGUUUGCCAACUGUUCCUGUAAACAUGGAUUUUCAGGCAACGGGACGUACUGUCUUGGUGGGUUGACGAUAUUGAAAUAACUGUAAAUUUUAUGAUUAUCUCCGUUGAUAAUGUUUUCAACUUGGUUUCAUUGUUUUUUUAUUCAUCUUUAAUAUUUAACGGUCUUAUUAGAUUUGUGCAAAGAAGCAAAUUGUCAUGAAAAUGGACAUUGUGUGUUACGAGAUGAAAUAAAGUUUGCCAAUUGUUCCUGUGAUGAAGGAUAUCGAGGAAACGGAACUUUCUGCACAGGUGUGGUUGAAUUAUCAAAUACUUAUCAUACUUGAACUGUUCGAAACUCUCCUUAUAUUUUUCAGGUAGUUGCAUGCCUAUCAACGAAAGCUUGUUAAUACUUGAGCCAUGCCUGAUACUGUUUGAUAGUUGUCUAAUGCUUUAUAUACUAAACAUUUCUUUUGCAGCAUAUUAUGAUUGGAGUCCGUGGACGACGUGUCAGAAGAAAUGUGGUGUGGAAUUUUAUAAUAGAACCAGAGAGUGUGUCGAUCCUGGAGCAUCAUUUUGUAUUGCUGAUGAAACUAUACAAAAACGAUCUUGUGAGCUUCAGCCUUGUGCAGGUGAACUAUAGCGAGCUAAACUAAUUUAAAUUUAUUACAUUAAAUUACUUUAAAUUACAUUAAACUGAGUUCAUGGUGAUGAUGACGAUGAUGGUGAUGGCGACGGCGAUGGUAGUUGUGGUGGUUAAGGUAAUUGUGGUGGUGAUGGUGAUAAUAAUGAUGAUGGUGAUGAUAGUGUUAAAUGGUGGUGAUGAUGAUGAUGGUGAUGAUGAUGAUAGUGUUAAAUGAUGUCGGUGAUGAUGCUGGUGGUGGUGAUGAUGAUCGUGAUGGUGAUGACGAUGAUAGUGUUAAAUGAUGUCUGUGAUGAUGAUGGUGGUGGUGAUGGUAGUGGUAAAUGGUGGUGAUGAUUGUGGUGGUGUGGUAAUCGUAAAUGUGGUGACUGAAUGUAAACCUUGCUUUCAUCUUAUAUAGUUCAUGGUAACUGGACAAAUUGGGGUGAUUGGGGUACAUGUAGCGCCACAUGUGGACCAGGUUAUAAUGAACGUACCAGAGAUUGUGCUAAUCCGCCACCUCAAAAUGGUGGUGAUGACUGUCCAGGAGUGGGCAAUGACAUUGGGGAUUGUGAAGCGGCAACACUAUGUCCAGGUAUAGCACUGUUUUCGACAGAAAUUUGGUUCGCUCUUAAGCUUGCUUUUCAUAUGGUCGUAACGGUUGUAAAGAUUGAGUCACGAUCUUUAUCAGCAGCCGAAAUACAAUAUUUGAGAACUGAAAAUAGGCUAAGUGAUUAUAAAUUGGGAAUACUUACGAUUUAUAUGUGGUUUAUAGGGAGGAAACUAUUAUAAUCUUGCCGUUUAGAACGAUUGUGACUCUAUCUUUACGACUGUUACGACCAUAUGGUUAAAGAUUUUUCAAUUGGUUCACACGCCCCAUUGGUCUGAUAUUGUGGGGUUUUCGGGGGGGGGGGGGGGGAUCUUUCAGGAAUGUUUGGAGUGAUGAUGUGUAGGAUUGGAAGGGGAUUUGGCCGUUGAGAAAGAUCGUGACUCUUCUAAUUCAAAAUAAUUCAUUCAUUGUUUAUUUUUAUAGGAGAAGAACAUUUUGGUGAUUGGUCGUCCUGGAGUGAAUGCAACAUGACUUGUGAUCAAGGUGUUCAAAUUCGUUCACGAGUUUGUGAAAAUGAAGCUGCAGGGUGUCUUGGUGAACCAACACAAACAAAACCUUGUCUUCUCAAAUAUUGCCCAGGUUAGAAAACAAUAUAUUCACUAGGCACACAAUUCUUGUACUUGGGUAAAAACACACCAGUUGUAACAAACCUGCAGCAGACUUGUAGCAAUGUUGUUCCAACAACUUGUCAACAGGAUGUGUUUGCAUUGAUUGUUCCCAGCUUGUUGACAACUUGCUACAAGGUUGUUGAAUUCCAACAACUUGUUAUUGUCAAAAAGUUGUGAGUGACAACCUUGUAGCAACUUGAUAAAAUAACAGCGUUGUUACAACUUGGUGACAAGCUUGCUACAAGCCUGUUGCACAGUUAAUAUAUUAACUGUGCCUGUUGCAAACACAUGUUGUUGACAAGUUGUGAGAUUUUGAUGUGUAUCUUGUGUCACUCAUGUUGUGUGUACAACUUACAGUAAAUGGUAGUUACACAGCAUGGAGUAAUUGGACAACUUGUUCUACGUCGUGUGGUCCUGGGCAACAAUUACGUCAUAGAAAUUGUACAGAGCCUAAACCUGCUUAUGGUGGCGCUGAUUGUGAAGGGCCUGGGACAGAGACUAAAGAAUGCUUUAUAGAAGUAAUAUGUCCAGGUAAGUUGUUGACUCGUGUAACAGUAACAACGACAACAACAGCAACAACAAAACGACAACAACAACAACACAACAACAACAACAACAACAAAACGACAACAACAACAAAACGACGACGACAACAACAUCAACGACGACGGCAACAACAACAACGACGACGACGGCGGCAACAACAACGACGACGGCAACAACAGUGACAACAACGACGACAGUGACGACGACGGCGACAGUAACGACAACAACAACAACAACAACAAAACGACAACAACAACAAAACGACGACGACAACAACAUCAACGACGACGGCAACAACAACAACGACGACGACGGCGGCAACAACAACGACGACAGCAACGACAGUGACAACAACGACGACAGUGACGACGACGGCGACAGUAACGACAACAACAACAACGACGACGUCGAAAGCAACGACAGUGACAACAACGACGGCUGGAGCAACGACAACAGCGACAGCAACGACAACAGCGACAGCAACGACAGUGACAAGAACGACGAAAGCAACAACGACAACAACAACGACGACAGCAACGAAAGUGACAAGAACGACGACAGCAACAACGACAACAACGACGACGACGACGACGACAACAACAACGACAGUGACAACAACGACAGCAACUUUGCAGUUUAA